UAGUUCCAUUGUUAUUGCUGUAUCCGGUUCCGGUGAUCGUAACGCAAACACGUACACGAAAGCCCUCCGCAAAUAUUAAACAAAUACUAGUGUAAUAAGUGCCAAAUAAAAGUGUCACAACGCAAAAUCCAACAGACCAGAGAAUAGAAAACGAAAUAAAUGUGUGAAUAAAGCGCGAAACAAUAUCCUUGGACUAAAAAGUGCAUUAUAAAAUUCAACAAGAUAACCUAAAAGUGAAAGUCAUAAUUAUUAGUCAUUAAGCAGUGCCACCAACAUAACCAACAAAUCCGUCAGUUAGUAACAACGUCACAUUGACACUGACACUGACGUGUGGCGUGUGAGUGUGGCAAGCCACAAUAAUCCGAACUACUACUUCUACCAGUGUUGUCAGUAAACAAAUCGAAAAAUGGAUAAAAGUAUGGAAUUAUUGUUGUCAAAACUGGAUGAGAAAUUGAACCAACAAACCAAAAUCAUAACAGUGUCAGUGACGCAGAAUGUUAUGGAAGCACUAGAUGAGAGAUUAAAAAUUAUAACGGAGGAAAAUACAAUGCUUAAAGAAAAAAUAACAAUAUUAGAGCAGAAACUUAAGGGGAUGGAAAGGGAAAAAAGAAAAUACAACUUAGUAUUUUUUGGCAUUACAGAAAUCGAAAAAUCAGAAGCGGAACUUGUAGACCAUGUCAAAGAUAUAAUUCAAGAAUCAGGCACCCAUCUAAAUAGCCAGGAAAUUAGCAAUAUUUAUAGAAUUGGUAAGGAUAAAAAUGUCAAGAACCGCCCUAUCGUACUUUCCAUCACAUCUCUAUGGAAAAAACACUUGAUUUUGAAAAACAAGUCAAAGCUGCCACCAGGUGUAUAUGUAAAAGAAGACUACUCAAAGGAAAUAUUGGAAAAGCGGAAGCAACUACAGGUACAAGUGGAAGAGGAAAGAAAGAAAGGAAAUAUAGCCUUUUUAAGACAUGACAAAAUAAUAAUAAAAGGAUCAAUGGCAGUAAACAGAGACAAAAGGAAAAGAGAAGAACACGACUCACCUAAUUCAACAUCUCAGAAGAAAAUAGACUUAAAAAGCAACCUGUCAAGCAAACCAGCUAGUACACCUGCUAAGGGAAAAGAAAUCCUAAAACCCAACAUACUUAACUACGUGGAACGAAACCGAUCUGCCUCACUGACAGAGAUCCCAAAAAACCAAUAAUGACCACCGGCACCCGGAACCAAGCUAAAAUAACAAAUACCAAAACUACAUAUACACAAACUGAAAAAUACACCCCAAGCCGGUUGGUCACCGUGGGGAAAGAAGACCACUACCCUCCAGCAAAUAAAGUAAAUAAAGUAUCCAAAGAAAAACCAAAUAAUAUCUAUAUAGCCACCCUAAACGCACUUUCAUUAAGGACAGCAGAAAAACUCUCCGAACUAGAAAUAGCUUUGAGUGAAAUCAAAUGGGAUAUUCUUGGUAUUAGCGAAGUGAGACGAAUAGGAAAUCAUAUUGAAGAACAUAACGACUACAUCCUGUACUACAUCGGGGAAACAAAGGGCCAAUAUGGAGUUGGAUUUAUGGUGAAAAAACAUCUAAAGAAACAAAUCUCAGAAUUUAGAGGCAUAUCUGAAAGAAUAGCAGUACUAAACAUACAAUUACAAGGCUACAGAAACCAGUGGACUAUAGUCCAAAUAUAUGCGCCAACAGAAGCAGCAGACGAAACAGUAAAAGAUGAAUUCUACUACCAACUUUCAACUACACUAGAGACUGCCCAUAAGAAUAUUAUUGUCAUGGGAGACUUCAAUGGUAAAAUAGGCAAACGGCAACAUGGUGAAGACUCAGUAGUGGGAAACUACGGCAUAGGUAAAAGAAGCAAGAACGGGAAAAGACUCGUGAAUAUGGCCCUGGAAAAUAAUUUAACCAUACUAAAUAGCGUUUACAAGAAAAGACAUGCCAGGAAGUGGACCUGGAUGUCGCCCGAUGGGACCUACCGUAACGAAAUAGACUUCAUAACCAGUAAUCGACCCGAUUCCUUUAAAGACACUAGCGUAAUAAAUAACUUUAACUUCAAUAGUAACCAUCGCAUGGUCAGAGCUAUAUUAUCUGACAAACAACAAAAGAAACAAAGGAAACACUUCCAUCAUAGGAAAAAUGAGUGGACAGCCGAUAUAACGCCUCAAAACAUCACGACACCCAAAGGAAAAGAUAAAACACAAGAAAUUUACAACAGAGAAAUAAACAAUAUGUACUACAGAAAAACAACCAAGACAAAGAUAAACGAAUGUACACUAAGCUCUAAAACCAAGGAUCUCAUUCAAAAAAGAAAAGAACUACUUAUAAACAGGAAAAGUAAAGCAACAUUAACGGAAAUUACUGAACUGAGCAAAGAAAUAGGUCGCAAUUUAAAACAAGACAAGUUGAAUAAAAGAAUCAAAUGCAUCCAAAAUCACAUAACCAAAACUGGGGGUAUUAAUAAAGCACUCAAAGAAUUAAGAGAAGUGACGUCAUGGGUCCCAAAACUAAAAAACAAAAACAACAAGGAAGAAACAAGAAGACAGCCAAUUUUAAAGAUAGCGACAGACUAUUACCGAGAACUAUACUCCACCAGAAACACCUUAAAAUUCAACGUAAACCUCGUUGAUGAAACGGAAGACAUCCCUCCGAUUCUCGAAAGAGAAGUCCAACAUGCGAUUGAAACUCAGAAAAAUGAUAAAGCACCCGGACCUGAUCAUAUAACUAAUGAGAUGAUGAAAGCAACAUUGUCAGAAACAACACCAAAACUAACCAACUUGUUUAAUCUUAUCCUAAAUACGGAAUAUAUACCUUCGCAAUGGACAUUAAGCUCUAUAAUACUCAUCUACAAGAAAGGAGACAGAUUGGACAUGGGAAAUUAUCGGCCAAUAAGUCUCAUGUCAAACUUAUACAAGGUGUUCUCGAAAAUAAUACUAAAACGCAUCACUACGAAACUAGAUGAACAACAGCCAAGAGAACAAGCUGGAUUUCGAUCGGGGUUUGCAACUAUAGACCAUAUACAUGUUGUAAAUCAGCUUAUUGAAAAAUGUCAGGAAUAUAAUUAUCCGGUAUACAUGGCGUUUGUGGACUAUAUGAAAGCAUUCGACUGCCUAGAACAUCAUUUCAUUUGGGAAGCCCUGAAAAACCAAGGAAUAGAAAGCAAAUAUAUAAGGUUAAUAAAAAAUGUAUAUGCAAACAGCAAAGCACGAAUAAAAUUGGAAACAGAAGGAGAAAUAUUCUCCAUACACAGAGGAGUGAGGCAGGGAGAUCCACUCUCUCCAAAACUUUUCUCCGCCGUGUUGGAAGAAGUCAUCAGGAAGAUGGAAUGGGAUAACUUAGGGAUUAACAUAAAUGGAACACGUUUGAAUCAUUUGAGAUUCGCGGACGAUAUUAUACUUAUAUCAGAUAAUGCAGAGUGCCUUAACAACAUGCUCCAAGAUUUGGCAAAUGAGAGCAAAAAGGUGGGCCUAAUAAUGAACAAAACAAAAACUAAAAUAAUAACAAAUAGAUCACAAAGAAGUAUCUUUAUAGAUCAGGAAGAAAUAGAAUAUGUAAAUUCCUAUAUAUAUCUCGGCCAACUUAUUGCUUUCAACAACCAUAUGGAUGCAGAAAUAGAAAGGCGGGUAGCCAAUGCCUGGAAACGGUUCUGGUCUCUCAAGGAAGUGCUAAAAAGUAAACAAUAUACUACUGCAAUGAAAAGGAAAGUAUACAACACAUGCAUAUUACCCAUCCUCACUUAUGGUUGCCAGACCUGGGCCAACACACAGAAACAAAACCAAAAACUGACCACGUGCCAGAGAGCUAUGGAGAGGAGUAUGCUGGGCUACACCAUAAAGGACAGAAAGAGAGCUAUAGAUCUAAGACAAAUCACGAGACUAGAAGAUGUUGUAGUCAAAACUAAAAAACUUAAGUGGAGAUGGGCAGGCCACAUGAUGAGAGAGAGUAGGAAUAAAUGGACAAAAGAUAUUACCGAAUGGAAUCCUAGAUUUCAAACAAAAAGGAAACGAGGAAGGCAAAGAAAACGUUGGUCUGAUGACAUAAGAAAGAAUGCAGAAACUAAGGAAAAAGUAAUGCCAAGAGAAAACUCAACAUCAGAUUCAGAAGAAAAUUCAGCAAUCAAGGACUCUGAUCAGCAGAGUGUUGGAGAUACAGACAACCAGCCCACCACAAUUGACGCUGAAGAUCAUGUAUCUUCCCUAGACAGCAGUAUACAGAACUUAUCGGAAAUGACGCAACCACUGACGGCUAAGCCCAAUGAACGGGACCCAAGUCUUCCUGUAGAUAACAAGAACUACUCGGAUUCUAGCGAUGAUACACAUAAGAAUUUAGUACUAGGCAAUGAAUCGGCUGAAGUAAGAAGAGAUUACCUAAAUGAUAGUAUGAUGGAGGUAGAAUCGGGAGUUGAGGCUUUAGAAGAUACCAUUGACGGUUAUGGGGAAAUCCACAAUGUCGAUCCUCUAGUAUCCAGUGGAAAGCCUAUGGACACAGACCCAUUACCUCCACCCCUAAGCUCUGCAAAUUUCGGAUCACCCCCAAGCAAGAACAAUAUACAAAGCCCGCAAUUGUCGACAAAACCUAGCUACUUCUUCAACUUCUCAAUGUACUUCCUAACAUUCCUCAUUUUCAUAAGCUACGUACUGUGUCCAAAUUCGAAUGUCUGGAAUGGUUUUGUCCUCGGUCUGUGGUUCUUUUGUUUUACGAGCAAUUUGAAGAGCUGGCUGUUGGACACUUACUUUAGCGAGUUGGAUCCAAAAAGUUCCAACCUUCUUCAAUUGAAGCGAAGCAGUGCUAUGCCAGCCACUUACACUAUACCUUCAGUGAAAGAACAUAGGCCUAUAAAAAAAUAUGAGGGCUGGAUAAACCACUACAGGUUUCCGGAUUACGAUCCAAGCUCAUAUCACAUCAACAAGACAACGACGGCAUUUAUGAAGCUCGAAGGUUGCAACCUCAGGAUAUCGUAUACUUCGACUAAAAUACCAAAGAGGGAGCUGUGGGAUGAGAAACUGGACAAGGUAGCGUUCUACCAACAUAGGCUGUACAAUUUGACUGGUGCCAGAGUUAUACUGCUGCCAAAAGGACUGGUUAAACGGAGACAAUGGAGCAAAAAAUACCCAAUAUGCAUAAUACUAAACGAGAAAGAAAAGAUUCAAGUAUUGGAGAAGGAAACUUCUGUGUCCGACAAGAAGGCAGCAGAGGUACCUUCUGAAAAGAAGAAGGAACAACAUCAACACGAGGAGACUGAGACGAAUACGAGUCCAGAGAAGAGAAGAAAGUUUGUGUGGAGGAGACGAGAAAAGAGCAGUUCACAUUCCGACGGCGAGACAGGGAAGGAAGGCCUAAGACAUAGACUUGUUAGAAAAAUGCACAGGGACAAGAAAACAGACAGCGUUUCCACGGCAACGGAACCAGUGGAGACUCAAAGCCAGAGUCACGUGAGAACAGAAAGGGCGCUCAUGUCCGAAGAUUCCUUCCACGACCAUGAGAUAGAACUCACCUCCAAGUCAGUCACCAGCACCAAGGAUGAAAAUGACGAAGAACUUGACGAUACAGAACUGUCGAAGAUUAAAGACUUUUUGGAGGAGACGGAAAUGGAGAUAGCAGCGGACGGUACGGGCGAAGGGGAGUGGAGCGUGCACGUAAAGAAUUCCAGAGACAAGCAUUCUCAUCUAUACCUUUUCACGCGCACGGGAAGAGAUAAACAUGAAUGGUACCGUCGCCUAGUGAUAGCAAUAAACGAGGGUAACGCAGCUUCAGCAGAGAACUCGUGCGCAGAAGAUAAGACGGCCAGCGACGAGAGCAAGGAAAGCAAGGACAAUAUAGAGCUGGCUGUCUAUAAGCUCACUGAGAAAGAAACCGUCGCGUUUGCUAAGUCUUCUAGUAAAACAAUAGAUUCGCUAACCGACGGCGGCGGUGUGACGAUCACGUCAAUAUCGCAGCCGAUGCCAUCAGACACGGACUACGAGAAGACUUUCUGGCCCUACCUCCUCAAAAUCAUACAGCAAAACAAAAACUCGACAUCAGAAUGUUCGUGCAGAAUGCUACCGGCAGAAGUGACGUGGGUGAACACAGUGCUAGCGCGGAUCAUGUACGACCUGAUGCGGGACCCCGUCAUGAUCAGCCGCCUGCAGAACAGGAUACAGAGGAAACUGCACACCCUCAAGCUCCCAUCGUUCAUGUCUCCGCUGCUGGUGACGUCGCUGUCGCUGGCGGGCGCGUGUCCGCUGGUGGAGCGAGUGCUGGCGCCCGCGCUCGACGCCCGCGGCGUGUGGCUCGACGCCGACCUGCGCUACGACGGCGGCGCCUACAUCGCCAUCCUCACGCAGAUCAACCUGCUCAAGCUGAAGGAGAAGAAUAUGACACUAGAAGAUCAAUUACUGGCGGCCAGUGAGGGACUGGACUGCGAUAUACAGACUUCUUCGUCAGCAGCCGCGUACUCGGACCAGUCGUUACGGAUGAGAAAACCAGCAAUAUACGACUCUGACGUAGAGGACUCGGCGGAGUCGAGCAGCGAUGACGAGAGCCCGCCCGUACAACCGGUCGACAGCAAUGAAACUUUAGCACCUUCUGAAACUGCGUCAUUAAGUAACGCAGAAGGAACGUCUUCUAAGAAAAAGUUCUUACGUAUGGUCGACAAGAUCGCCACAAAUAAAUAUUUCCAACAAGUAACAGACUACAAAUACGUAAAACGCGCCAUGGAAGGAUUAUCGAACACGGAUAUAAAGCUGCACCUAGAAGUGCACGCGUUGGAAGGACGUUUAGCUGUCAACUUGCCGCCGCCGCCGCAUGACAGAGUCUGGAUAGGGUUCCGCACGAACCCGCAGCUGAUACUAAAAGCGCGGCCGGCAGUCGGCGCUCGCACUCUUCGCUUCGCGCACAUCACCAACUGGAUCGAGCAGAAGCUCAGCAAGGAAUUCGAGAAGGUUCUAGUUCUGCCUAACAUGGAGGACAUCAUCGUUGACGUCAUGACACCCACGCCCGUACAGUUCGAGUAAAAACAACCCUUAUGGCUAAGGAAUAAAGUAGGUUUUUGUAGCAAGGAGUUCGAGGAGGUUCUAGUUCUUUUUGACGUCAUGCCGAAUGAAAUAACCCUUAUGUCAAAGGAAUAAAGUGGGCUUUUGUCAAGCAAUGUUCGAUUUAGAACGCAUUUUGAAUUUCGUUACUGGCUGGUAAGUGUGAUUUAAAAUUACAUUUACUUUGAAUUAGAACUUUUAGGGCCAGUUUGACCGGUCUCAGAUAGCCUAUCAGGAACUUAUCUGACAGAUAAACAUAUGAGUUUUCGUUCAUUGGUCUCACAGAUAGCAUUAACUAUUAGAUAACUACCUGACCCUAUCUGUAACCAGUUAAACCGGGCCUAAAUAUUUUUAAUUAUUUGAUUGCGAGAAGUAAUGUAAUGGCAAUUUGAUAGUAUUUUGUAUGUUUUGAAGUUUUGACGCUUUGUGGUACUGUAUUAAUAUAUUAAGAUUACUCAGGGUAUAGGCACAUGUAACAUGCCAACUGUUAUGUCGCCCAAAACGGUUCUUAUGCUUAUUAUUUAUUUAAAGAGAAACUUAUUUUAACAAUAUUGUUAUAAAGUGUACUAAUACAUUAUUGUGUUGAAUUGCUAAUUAAUAUAAUUAUAGAACACUAGUUGUCAAUAUCAUUCCAUAAAUACAUUUCAAUUACAUAUUCAACAGUUAUCAGAUGACUAACGAAGUAUAUUCAAUGCCAAACUUGUGAUUGCUUCAUCUACUUAUUCCGUGAUACAAAAAGUCAACUAACAUUAUUUAAUUGCUCUAAAUCUCUAAUUUUCAUUUAUAAAUAUUCAGUAACAACUUUGAACUCAUAAUUUAAAUUAAUAAAAAUAAAUGAGACGUUAAUGUUCCUGCUUAAUUUAAACAGCAUUAAAAUAUAAUUUCUUGACUUAAAAACAACAUGAAAGUAAAGUUAUUCUGUAUGCAACUGUACUUGAUACCGAUUGCUGCGUUAAAAUUUUACAAAAAAUAAAAUGAUAAAAAACAACGUAUGUAUUAUGCGAUUAUAAUGAAAAUUCUAAAUCUUGCCAUAAGAACACGAUAGGAACUUGAUAAUAUUCCCUUCACUAAAAAAAUGCCGAGCACUUGAAAAUAAACAACUUAAAAUGAGCUAAAAAUACAUACGUAAUAUUAAAAACAAAUAGCAAUUACGUCUGUGCAAUGAUUAGGAAUAAAUAAAAUAUAUAAUAAAAUUAAAUUAGUAUAAUUAAAAAUAACACUACGAUUUGUUUAGAGUAAGUUGUAAACGUAAAAACAUUAAUAUAGUAUUUACUAAAAAUAGAUUUAUUGCGUAAAAUAUUUUUCUUUUGAGAUGUUGUGAAAAUUUUCCCAUUUGUACUAUAUACACGUUAAACGUUUAAAAUUAUUAAAUAAAUUUAAAUUGCCUAAAGUUGUGGUAGUUUGAUGUGCAACGUUCGCUCUUCAUUUCGCUAGUAGAAAGCAUACGGUUCUUAAACUAAAAAAAUAACUUCAUAAAAACAAGUUAUUUUUUUGAAAAUUACUCAUUCCUUCGCUAAUGGUACUAUAGUUCGUGAUUUUCGCUAUCAAAUUAUUUACAUAUUCAAUUUUUAACGUUGUUUUUAUUGGCACGACUACUGUUAACUCUACCAUAGAGAUAGAGCUGUAUUGGUUUCUGAAAUUGAUAUGUUAAUUUAUUUUAUAUUUUCGCCACGUUUUGUUUAAAUUAAACAUUUAUUAACUGUGAUGCUGAGGCCGACUUAAAUUAGAAGUUGUUUGGCACGUUUAGAGUAAACGACAACCUUGGUAUUGGUAAUAUAAAUAAACGAAAUAAGUAUUGAUGAGAAAAGCAAACGCUAAGUAACUUCUUUUUAUUUUUGCCUUUGUUCUACCGUAGCUUGUCUUUCUUCAUUUGUUUCCACAAUCAUACCGCUAAAACUAUUUUAUUUCAAUGUUCAUAAUAUAUUCUGAUGUCUUGAGGAAGAAUUAACUUUUUAAAAUCAUCCUUCACCACUCGAACGAGCUUCCUCGCGUUACAAACAAAUGUUUUCGACAAUAAUUCCGUCUUAACCUGUUAUUAGUAAUUCCAAUAUCAAAUUUUAUAAAUAACAAGACUUAGAGAAAAAAAUAUAAAAUACUAUUAUAUCUAUUAAAAAAAUAAAAUUAAUAUUUUGAAGAAUAUUGACCUGAAUGGUUUGAGUAGAUGUUACUAAUAUUUUUCUAGUAGUCGGCAUACUUCCUAAUCGUUUUUCUAUCGGCUUUUUCGUCUCUCAAUCUAAAUUUUGGCACUAUUAUUUCAUCAUUGUUUUCUAAAUUGUAUCGCACAACUAAAUUACGCAUUGGCUUGCACGACGCAUAACCUUCAUUUCUUUCUGAGUGUGUAAGUGGAUAUUAUUGCAUUUUCAAUUGUUUUUUUUUUAUUACUGUAGGUUGACAACUUUUGAGCGAUGUUUUCACAGCCACUUGGAAGUGAAAAUAACGCUAUGUUAAGUAGGCACCAGCGAUGAGGAUUUAUGUCCAUUGGAAAUAUGACAAGAAAAAACUCUAAAGUAUCAAGACUACGUUAAAUCUUUUCCUGUAUAUUUUCUCCUAGUAUUUUAAUGGACAUAGAUCCGAAAUGUUUGAUUACUCGUGUGUAGAUAAAUGUGGUUUUAUUAUUGAGGAGUGCGAAUAUAAAUUGGAGAUGGUUCCGAACUAUGAAGGCUGAUAGUACUUUGCUCAUUUUGUGGCGAAAGGUGACGGAGCGUGUGUGCUAACUUGUACGAAUUUAAAUACGUGAGGGUAUGAUUGUUAUGGGUUCCAUUACAGAAUGAGUGAGAGAUUAAAACUAAAAUACUAAUGGCAGAGAAAGGAUGACAAUCUUUCUAAUUGUUCUGUAAUUGCUCAUAACAUGUAUUACCUACAGCUUAGCAUUAAUUCACUUUUGUAUUGCUACUAUUAAUAUAUUCACAUUAAAUGCCAAAUAGCCGAUGUAAUAUAGAUACUUGUUUUCUACAACUUAUUUUGCAUAAUGUAUUUCGUAAAAAAUCUUAUGAAUGUUUGGAUCAAUAUUGUUGCCUACAACCACUGUUGGACUGUUUUAGUGGUAUAAAUUCUAAACUUGUACAAUAUUGAUGUUCUAUCACAUAGUUAUCUCGUUGUUAUAAGUUACACAACUUGUUGAUACUCAAUCUCUCUGACGUAUGUAGUACACUGAAGACGUAUAUUUUGUAAAGACAUUGAAUACAUAUCAGUUAACACGUUUCAAACUAUGUACCUGUAUUUUGUCUCAGUUUAUAGAUACACGUAAUAGAAUUCUGUAGUUACCGCAUACGGAUAAUAAGAUUUCUCUAACUCUAUUCAAAAAUUUACUUUUGGUCGAACAGACUUUUGAGGUGGUGGCAACAAGUCCGGUUUCGGGAUAUUCAUGUUUAAAACGGCUUAACCUAAUGUGUUCAUAAACUUCUAAAUACAAUGAAGUCUUAUGAAAGGUAAACAGUUCGACUUUCUGACUGUAAAAUAGUAUUUAUUAUUUAUAGUUAAUUUGUUAAAUACUGUCGAUCCGAUCCAUAUUUUAUUUCUAUUUAUUUCAAUAUGUAUAUUUGUUUCGUUAUUUAGUGAACAUUUUUUAUUUAAAACUCGAAUGUAAAGGAAUAUAUUUUGUUUUGUUUUAUUUAAAACUUCGAUCACUUAGUGGUUGGUAUUUCAAAAAGUGUACCAAAUACGAAUGAAUGUCUAUGUAUAUAGUCUAUCAAAUUAUAAAGUGUUUAUGUGAUAUUAUAUAUAGUUAAGAGUUAAACCGUGCCGAGUAGUUUUUCUAUGUGGUAUCAGUUGUGAUUUUUUCAAUAAACGAAUUGCUAUA